UCAUUUGAGCCGGUUGUGCUAGGAGAAAGGAAGAUGCUCAGAGGAAGUCUUGUGGUUAGUCAAACCACGAUUGCAUUUGCUUUGUUUAUGGUUGUUAUUUUACUUAUGCAAUUUUGGUCGCGAAGACUGUGAUUUUUGGAUGAUCGGCCAUUAUUCAUAGUAGUGACCUAUAAAACAAGAAGAGAAAGAUAAUGGACUUCUUUUGAGAGAGAUCUCUCAAGAUAUGCCCAUUUUAUGUAUACUGAAAAUGCCCGUCCUGAUGGAUAACUAAUGAUGCUGAACACAAUCCAAGAAUUGUCUUUAGAUAUGUCUCAGAAAUGCAUUAGUAUCUAAUCAUUUUUGCAAGUUCAAAUAUUUAUUUUGAUUAUUUUCUUUCAGUAACUUAGACAGAUUCCACUUAAAAUGGAUUUUGUAUCAUUUUCUGUAUAACAAAAUCUACAUGGUCUUUUGGAUAUGGAUAUUUCAUUUUUAUGAACAGUUUAUUUUUUAACCAAGUUAAAAAAAGACAUAAAACCCACAUUUUUUCAACCAUCUUGAUUUAUUUUUUUUAAUUAUUUUAUUGUAACAGAUUGUUAAACUGUGAUGCUCACUUCUGUUUUUCCCAGCAUCAUUUUACUGAAUAAUACUGUUUCAUCUAUAAAACACAAACAUGUCAGGAUCUGUCUAUUUAAGAGAUGAGCGUGCACAUCUUAUAAGUGAAAAUGAAUGCAUGACAGACAAGCCUUUCACAAGGAGAUUAUGUUCAUGUUGUUCCUAUGCUGCUGUCAGAAAGAGGCUUCCUAUUCUCAACUGGCUUCCACAAUACUCUCUGCAGUGGCUCAAACUAGAUUUAAUUGCUGGAUUGACAGUGGGUUUGACUGUGGUGCCACAGGCAUUGGCAUAUGCAGAAGUUGCUGGUCUACCUGUUCAGUAUGGGCUCUACUCCUCCUUUAUGGGCUGCUUUGUCUACUGUGUCCUCGGGACGUCUAAGGAUAUAACAUUAGGCCCAACUGCAAUCAUGUCUCUACUUUGUGCCUCAUACAUUGAUCAUGACCCGGUAUAUGCAGUUCUGCUUACAUUCCUGUGUGGGAUAAUCCAAUGUGUGACAGGCAUCCUACACCUUGGAUUUCUACUAGACUUUAUUUCAUUUCCUGUACUGAAGGGUUUCAUAUGUGCAGCUGCUAUAACAAUUGGAUUUGGACAAGUUAAGAAUAUCUUGGGUAUUCAUAAUAUACCUCAACAGUUUGUGCUGCAAGUUUACUACACAUUCCUGAGGAUCCAUGAAACCAGAGUUGGUGAUGUAACACUAGGACUCAUCUGUAUUCUUAUUUUAUUGUGCUUGAAGUUCAUGAAAGGUCAUAUGAAAUCUACUGAACCAAACACUUCAUUUUUGGUCAAGUCAUGUUGUACUAUAAUUUGGUUCUUUGCAACAGCUCGAAAUGCAGUGGUGGUUUUAUCUGCUGCUGUUGUUGCAUUCGUAUUCACUGACCACAACCUUGAUGUCUUCACGCUGACAGGAAAAACAGCUAAAGGUCUCCCCCCUUUCAGACCACCAUUUUUUUCUGAAAAAACAGAAAAUGAAACACUGUCUUUUAAGGACAUAACAGAGGAUUUGGGAGCUGGACUUGCAGUCAUUCCACUCAUGGGGUUACUAGAGAGCAUCUCAAUAGCAAAGGCAUUUGGAAGUGAAAAUGACUAUCGGAUUGAUACAAAUCAGGAAAUCUUAGCAAUAGGUCUUACUAAUAUUCUUGGAUCCUUUGUUUCCUCGUAUCCUGUAACUGGAAGCUUUGGAAGAACAGCAGUAAAUUCACAAACUGGGUCAUGCACACCAGCUGGUGGACUAGUCACUGGUUCAGUUGUACUACUUUCUCUGGCAUAUCUGAUGCCACUCUUCUACUACAUUCCAAAAGCUGCUUUAGCAUCAGUGAUUAUUUGUGCAGUUUUGCCCAUGUUUGAUUACACAAUCUUCAAGAAGCUGUGGAAAGUCAAAAAAAUGGAUCUGCUGCCUUUUUUGUUGACCUUCAUUAUGUGUUUCUGGGAGAUCCAAUAUGGGAUUGUUGCAGGAGUAAUUCUGUCCAGUUUCAUUCUACUCUACAGAGUUUCAAGACCCCAGAUUCAGAUUUCUGGUGAAGAUGUGGUGGUUCUAAAGUUACAAAGUGAGCUGAAUUUUCCUGCAAUGCAAUACUUCAGUGAUACAUUGUACAAAGAGGCUUUAAAAGCCUCACCACCUCGGUCAGCAAUUGUGGACUUGCACCGUGUCAACUAUAUUGACUAUACAGUGGUUAAAGAAAUGGAAGAUCUGCUUCGACAGUUUAAAGAUAAGAAGCUGUCUUUGGUUUUCACAAGGCUAUCGAAAGAAGUCCUUAGUGCCUUCUUGGCCGCAGACCUUAAAGGGUUCACCUUUUCACACAGUGUGGAAGCUGCAUUACAGUCCUUAACUGGAACUGAAACCUUGAGGUGACACAUACUGUAGCUUAUGCUACUUAAGGAUUAUCUGGUCAGGUCUAGCAAGAUGUGUUAUGUUAACUUUAAUUUCACAACUGCAGCUGAACUGGAUAAUUGUUAGAUUAUUGCACAUUUAGGAAUAAAAUUAUAUGUUUAAAGCUAGGCAGUGUAAAACAAUAAGAAAUGUCUGAUCUCAUAUCAUCAGGUCUCUGUUGUUCCAAGAUAACUAUUCAGUUUUAGACAAUUAGCUUUAAAUGUAGUCUCUGACUAAUUUUGUGAUUUUGUAUAAAGGGAAGUGCAACAGAAAAAAAAUACGCUUCCUUUGUCAGUCACACAAAUUCUCAGCUUGUAGAAAAAAAAAAUCUGUCAUCAUUUAAAUUUUGAAGUUGAUAAGAGUUUUUAAAAUCAUUCUUAAAAAUGUGAAAUCCUGUGCCAUUGUGUAUGUAGUCUCCGUGACGGACAUUAAAGUUGACUAUUUCAAAGUGAAUGGCUGUUCUAGAGCAACAAAUGUGAUGUUUUUACAGGAGCAACAGAAACUCAGUGACAUCCGAUUGACUGGCAUUACUAGUACUGGACUUUUAACAAAAUACAAUAAUCACUACAUUAUGAAAUAUAGACAGUGCUUGAAACUUAAAUUUAAUAUGAAACUGAAAUAGAGUAAUCAAAGAUAGAAAGAUAUAAUUAUACGACUUCAAGGGAAAAAAAUCUUCCUGAAUAUAAAUCUCCUAUUGCAUGACAGUUUACAAUAAUGAAAAUUUACCGUUACUUGCCCUGUAAAAACAUAGCUAAACAUUUUUUGCUUACUCUGCUAAUUCAAAACUUGCACUGUUGACUAAAUCAAAACCAUCACAUAGGUGAUAAUCUUAAGCUGUUAAAACCCUUUUAAUUCAGUUUAAUUACUGUAUCCAGCUGUUUUUGUGGGCUGCAUUUAUGCUGUAUUUAUAAUCCCAUAGGCUAAAAUAAGUGGCUUCAUUCACCUGAUAAAUCUGUGUAGGGUACAUUUCCUCGUGGGCGGAAAUUUAAAAAGAGUUAAGUAAAAGAAAGUGAGUUGUAGGGCUGUCACAUUUUAUAACAGAAUUUUUAUUAUUUCAAUAUAUAUUAGAGUUUGAAUAUUUAAGUCAAAAUUGAAUUGUAAAUGUCUCAUUAUUCAGCUUCAUUUUAAUCUAGCCCACCAUUUGAUAUUGUGGAUUUUUUUAGCUUGCAAUUUAAUUAGCUCGUAUGCACACGUCACUUUUAGGCAUAGACAUUUCACAUUUUGAUUGGUUAGCCUCUGUGCCUUUAAUUAAAUAGGCAGGAUUCUGUCAGAUGAGUAGGAUCAGCCUCAGAUAAAAGCUGUUGUGGCCUUCCAGUGUGGCUUCGCUCCGUAGCUCGUUGAACUUGAUCCUUACCAUGAAAGGGAAAAUGUUAUCUGAGGUAGAAUUUUAGGUACUCUGUGUGAGCAAAAGUGGAUUUGUUCAAAGAAGAAAAUAGAGAUGCAUUUGCUUUGUUCUGUGGGUCACAUUCUGUGACAGAUAGUGGAGGAUUUAAACAGAAGAAGCCCAGAUGACAUCGCUCCUUGUCAGACCCAUUGCAAGCAGCUGUUAAUUUAUUUUGGCAGGUUGCAGGUAAAUCACCUUAUAUGUUAGCAGAGGCUGGAACAUGUAAUAUCAAACUAUACCUGUACAUCUCUGUUUAUGUAAACUGGAGCACUGGGAGUCUCUUCGUGUUUAACAAAUGGAACAACUGAACAUUGUAAAGAUCAGUGAAUUGGUCAAUAGUUAUAUUAAUUGUAUUUCAUUUAAACAGAUAAGAGCACAGGGAGCUUAUUAUAUUCUAAAUAUCCAAAUAUUUAGGAUGCAGUGGACUCCCAGAAAUUACACAGCCUUUGGUGACUAACAAUUGUUUAUUGUUUUGAGAAAGGACAAUUCACUAUAGAAAGAAACAAUGCUGCUUUAUCGCAUGCCAAACACAGUCAAGGCAAGCACAUUUAAGACAGUGGAAACCAUGUCUUACCGGAGCCAUUACUUACACUUCCAACAUUCUUGAGCUGCUGAUAUAUUUAUUUAGUGCUGUGGUUACUUUAUUUUAAUUUGCAUUUAUACAUUUGUCAUUUUUGAAUAGUCUGGGGCUGCAAGUCACAUAUUUGUGAAUUUCAAUUGCCUACUUUAUGCUAUUUAAACCUCCUCUUAUAUUGCCAGGAGCAGAGGUAGCACUGCAUAUGUUCACUUGUUAUGAAUAUAUGAGCUGGAAGUAGCAACUAAUAAAGUGAUCUCUGAACAUGUGCAUUCAGUUUGCUUUGCUAAUAAAACUAUAUCAAUCAUAUCAAAAAGAAAAGCAUCAAUUUACAUGUCUCUUUGUGAGUUUUCUAUUUAUUUUUGAGAUAUAUUACCUCAGUAUGAGUUAAGCAGCAACUUGAAUCACUUCAGUUGUCAUGCAUCGCUUAUAAAAUCUUGUGGCUCUCUCAUGACCUUUGUACCUUACUCUGUUUUUCUGUCUCCCACUCUGGCACCUGCACAGCAGACUGCUAACUGCUAUUUCUUCCACCAUCCCAAAACAUUUAAAUUUAAGAACACAUUUCCUAUAGAUCCCAUUGAGAAAGCAGUCAGAACUGACAUACUAAAGGUAAGAAGUAUAGCGGAAAGUGUUAUUUGUGAAUAAUUAUCUACGUUAUGUAGCAUCUUACUACUGUGCUUAUACAUACUGUACCUAGAAAUAAAAAUCACACAUGUUCCGCUACAGAACAAAGAUAAUAGUUUUCUAGUCUUUUAAAAAUAUUAUGUUGUGAUCGUAGGUGGGGUAGCAGCAUCCCAAACCCCCAGACACAACUACACAAAACAGUCCUGGGUUCAAAUAAAAGACCUUCUUUAUUAUUUCUACUUCCACUAUUCACUGUUCCUUAAUAAUGCAAUUAUGAAAAACAACACUUUUACCUUCUUACCACCUUCCCUUGAAGCGUCCCUCCUCACCCUGACUACUCUUAGAGGAUACUCUGCUUCUUUUAUGCCAGACCCAGGAGGACUUGUUAAAGAGGUCUUACCGAAUCCUUCUAACUCCGCCAGAUGGCACCCAAAUCCCCUACAGGGCUCUUCCAUAGGACUACAAUUCCCAGCCUGCACAGCGUAUAUUCCUAUGGGUAUCCCACCAGUGGGAUGCUGCCACCUUGUGUACAGGGGGUGAAUAUAACUUUGGGAGGCAGACACCUCUUCUCCUUCUGUCAUGGCUUCCUUUUCUGGCCGGAAUCCAACCUCCAUCUCAACCGGGGCACUUGUCCGUCCCCCACAACACUCACAAUGUAUAUUAUAUAAAAAUAUUAUUUAUUUUAUACACUAACACUGAAAAGAUAUCUUAUACUGUAUAUAAGCA